GGCAGAGGGGAGCGGGCGAGAGAAAGGGGGCUGCUUCCAGGGGUCGCUCGGCUGGCCGGGGGCAUGACCAUGGCUCUGAAGGACACGGGCAGCGGAGGCGGCACCAUCCUGCCCAUCAGCGACAUGAUCUCCUCCACUUCCCCGGCGCCGGCGGCCGCCGGCUCUUUCGCGGGUCCCUGCGCCCCGUCUCCCUUCCCCGAGGUGGUGGAGCUGAACGUGGGGGGCCAGGUCUACGUGACCAAGCACUCGACGCUGCUCAGCGUCCCGGACAGCACUUUGGCCAGCAUGUUCUCGCCGCCCAGCCCCCGGGGCGGCGGCCGGCGCCGCGGGGAGCUGCCCAGGGAUAGCCGAGCGCGCUUCUUCAUCGACCGGGACGGCUUCCUCUUCAGGUACGUGCUGGAUUACCUGCGGGACAAGCAGCUCUCCCUGCCCGAACACUUCCCGGAGAAGGAGCGGCUUUUGCGGGAGGCCGAGUACUUCCAGCUGGGCGACCUGGUCAAGCUGCUGUCGCCCAAGGUGACCAAGCAGAGCUCGCUCAACGACGAGGGCUGCCAGAGCGACCUGGAGGACAACCUGUCUCAGGGCAGCAGCGACCUGCUCCUGCUGCGGGGCGCCGCCUCGGCCGCCGCCGCCCCCGGGCCCGGCGGCAUCAGCAGCGGCUCCCUGCUGGACAAGCGCUCGGGCUUCCUCACGCUGGGCUACCGGGGCUCCUACACCACGGUGCGGGACAACCAGGCGGACGCCAAAUUCCGCCGCGUGGCGCGCAUCAUGGUGUGCGGCCGCAUCGCGCUGGCCAAGGAGGUCUUCGGGGACACUCUGAACGAGAGCCGGGACCCCGACCGCCCCCCGGAAAAGUACACGUCCCGCUUCUAUCUCAAGUUCACCUACUUGGAACAGGCGUUCGACCGGCUGUCGGAGGCCGGCUUCCACAUGGUGGCGUGUAACUCCACGGGCACCGCAGCCUUCAUCAACCAGUACCGGGACGACAAGAUCUGGAGCAGCUACACCGAGUACAUCUUCUUCAGACCACCCCAGAAAACGGUGUCACCCAAGCAAGACCGGGAAGACAGGAAGCAGGAUAAAGUCACAGACAAGGGCAGUGAAAGUGGGACUUCCUGUAACGAGCUCUCUACGUCCAGUUGUGAUAGCCACUCAGAAGCCAGCACCCCACAAGAGAACCCAGCUAAUGCCCAGCAGGCAGCAGCCCACCAACCAAAUACUUUGACAUUGGAUCGUCCCUCCAAAAAGGCACCAGUGCAGUGGAUGCCGCCUCCGGACAAACGCAGGAACAGUGAACUCUUUCAGACGCUAAUUAGCAAGUCUCGUGAAACGAAUCUUUCUAAAAAGAAAGUGUGCGAGAAGUUGAGUGUGGAAGAAGAAAUGAAAAAAUGCAUUCAGGAUUUUAAAAAAAUCCACAUCCCCGAUUAUUUUCCAGAACGCAAACGCCAGUGGCAAUCGGAACUGUUACAGAAGUAUGGGUUAUAGUAAUGGUCCGCUUCACAAAAUAGUUCAAGAGAUAUCCAAUGUUGAUUUAUUUAUCGAUACCUGACUGACGUCUUCCUUAUGGUCUAUUCUGCAGUCGGUGUGGUCCUUGCUGCUCUUACCGUAAAUAGUAGAUGGUGGACAGUACCUGGUUUUGUUUUGUUUUGUUUUUCUAAAAAAUGAAAAAAAAAAAAGCCGAAAUGAAACAAACGCAAAUACAAAAUGAAAAAUGAUGUGUCUGAUCUAAAGCAGUUUGUAAGCGUGAAGUGGAAAUGUGCAUGAUCAAGAGUCUUGAAAUCUUGAUUUUUCAAGCUCUAGUCAACUGGACAUCUUGUCAUUUUGUAGUCCAUCAAACACCAGUCAUCGUAUCACCCCAUGUUAUGUCACCAAUAAACAUGACUUAAUAUGGAUGAAGCAACAUGAAGUAUAAAAUAUUAGAAGAUGGUUAUAGAACCCAGUCCCCAACUGUCUCAUUGUUUAAUGCAAUAAAGCAAAUCUCUCUUUUGCAUGAGCACAAUGUUAAAAAUAAGUCACACACGCAAAAGGAAAGACCGGUAGGUUGUUUGGAUAAAUAUUUGUUUCAGGCCAAACUGAUAUAUUUAAGGGGUGUUGGGGAUUGAAUUUAUUUUGUUCCAGAUCUGUGAUUUUCCUGUGUGUAUGGUGUUCUCUAUGUAAAGAUGGUGUAAAUAUGCCUUAUACUGUUUUAUUAUGGCACCAACAUUCAUCUAUUAGUGCUCGUCAGGAUUAUUUCUGUGAAAUGCAAACAUUGCAGCAGAUUGUGAAAAUUGGUCUGAUGGUACUCUGAAAGUUCCUGUUUAUCAUGCUAGUCAACAACAUUGGACAAAUGGAAAAAAAAACAUCUUAAUGUGUCUAUUAAAAAGGAACAUGUGAUAGAAUGAUUUGAUGUCCACGGCCUCAUCUUUAUGAUUAAUCAUCCAAUCACUAAAUUAUUUCUAAUCUAGUCCCAAACUCCAGAUCAAUAUGAACAAAUAGAAGCAGAACUUUUGGUGUCUGGGGCAAGAUUCAUAAUGCAGGACUGAGGCAGACAGCAGGAAAACACUCUCAACUCAACUUUUUAUGACAAGUUCUGGUGAGAAGCAGCAAUCCUGGGGCAUCAGCCUUAAUGUGCUAUAUUGACAUGAGAACAGAGCUCAGCCGGGGGAAGGUAAUCAGGGGUGGAGGCAAAGAGUAUCUGGGACAUUCCUGUUUUGACUAAUUGAUCCUGACAACUAGUCACGAAGAUCACUCUGCUAAAGGAAUCUAAGUGUUAGUAGCACCCCCUAAUUGUAAUGCCUUAGGAGAAAACUAAUUUGCUCCAACUGUUAGGACUCAGUAGACCCAUAACAUUAGAAAUUAAUCAGAGGUCAAAAUGAGGAUUCAAAUUUGGACAGAGAAAAUGCAUCUUUGCUCAUAAUUAUAACAUAACAAAAUCUCAUCGAAAAUGCACUAAGAUUUUAAUCAAUCUGACAGACAUAUCAAAGGAGGCUGUAGAGAGCUUUGGGAAGGUCUCUCUUAUAAAAGACGCAGCUAGGAAGACCUGAGUUCAAAUCCAGUCUCAGAGAAGCAGUAACCAUAUGACCCUAUAAUUCUCUAUUUGUCUUAAUUCACUGGAGAAAGAAAAGGCAAACCACUCCAGUACCUUUGCUGAGAAAACCCCAUAUGGGUCACUAGGAAUUGUACACAACUGAACAACUCUUGUAAAUCAAUAGUCUAGAAAUCAAUGGCCAACCAAAAUGUCAGGAUAAAUAGGCUGUUUCUUUUUAGUCAAAGACAGAUUAUGGCCUCAAUUUAUCAGAAGUGAUUCUUACAUUAAAAUACUUAUGUAUUCACAUUGCUACUAAAAAUCUUGAACAGGUUAGAGAAUAAGCAUGGAAAAGUAAGGAAUUUUUUCAAUAAAACAUUAAUAUCCUGUGUGGGUCGUAGAUAAAACUUUGAGUGGCAAUUGUGAUAAGUUACUUUUUCAGAAUAAUACAAUGAAAUGGAAAAAUAGAGAGGUAAAUUACACAGCUCACUCAAAUGCUGAAAACAAAAGCUACAAUAUCAUUUCCAAUGUCUAUUUUAUAAUGUCAUGCCAUUAAAAUUAUAUAUAUAUAUGUAUAUGUAUAUGUAUAUGAGGGCUAUCUAGUCCAAUCUAAUCCAAUUACAGUUUUCAGAUGCCCAGAGUUGCACAUCAAAAAGUUGACAGAUCUGGGGGUGGAAUCAGCUCUUUUGAUUCCCUUUCCAGUGUUCACCAUGAUAUUACUUUUCAUCUGAUAUCCCUCCUAUUCUAUUCCACAAACUUGCUAAAGCAGGAAGAGCACAACACAAGGAAGUAGGAGGUUGUGUUUUUGUUUCCUAGCUAAAAAUUAGAAACUAUGAGAAUUUGAAAAAGAUGAUGAAAAUCCAAGCCUUAAGAUGCCUUAAUUACUCAUCAAUAUGAAUACUGAUACCUUCCACUAUCAGAAAACAAAAGACUAGAAUACAUAAUAUCCUGAAGGCUUUUCUAAAUAUAAGAUCUAUAAUUUUAUGAUAUGAAAUUUAGGCAAACAUAAAUCUCCAUUCCCCCCCUUUUUAAACUUGAAAUAUCCAAGUUUAAGUUAGAAAAUGGGGGAAAGGAUUUUCCUAAUCUUCAAUUCAAAUAUUCUGAUAAAGUCAAAUCCAUAUUGUUUUAGAAACUUUAAGAAAAUACAAUUCUUAUAAUGGUAAUGAUUCAAAUUAUAGUGAUGUAUAAAAAUAUUGAAUCAUAGAUUGGGACUCAAGAGACAACUGAACCUCCCCCCCCCCAAAAAUGAAAUAACCUGACCAAAAUCAAAAUGGAGAAAGGGAAUAGGUAUUUAGUAAAUAUCUAUCAAGUAUAUAACACCAUGCUAAGAGUUUGAUAAGUAGAGUCCUGUCAUUUGGUACCAGGGAGUAAAUAUUAGAGCUAUCUGUAAUUUGAACCUAAAUCCUGAUUCCAAAUUCAAGGCUUUUUCUACUGUACCAUGCUGUUUCUUAAGAAGAUUAGCAGGAUUUCAAAGAAAGCUUUUUCGAUUCAUUUCAAUAAACUUACUGUUUUUAAGGUGAUCUUCAUGUAUUUCAUGUAUUGGUUUAUCCUCCUUUAUUUGCUGUGGAAGAAAAAUUUGAGAGUAGAAUAGAGUGACUGUAAUCAGUUACUGGUAAAUUGUUUAGUCCACACUUAUGAUUUCACCCAAUUGGUAAAAUGAAUCCUCUCAGUAUCUCCUCUAUAUUUUAUAGUCUUAUUUGCUUGGAGACACUAAAAGGUUAAAUUACUUAUUCAUGUAGGCAUCCAAGUAAGUAUUCUGAGGGUAUGUAUAAAAAAAGGAAGGAAUGAGCCUGCCUUUCUAACUUGAAGGCCAGCUCUUAAUUCAUCGCCACUUUUUUUUCCUCACAGGAUCUAUAGUAAUUGCUUUGUAAAUGAUUUGAAUUAAAUUGUGUUGGGUUUGUUAAUACACAAAUAAAAUUUAGAAUAUUG